UGAAUAUAGUACGAAAUAAUUAAUAAMCAUAUUAUAUAGAGUUGUUGGUAUACAACAACAAAAAGCAAUAAAAUUACUAAACAGCGAUACUAGACAGAGCGAUUUCUGCAAUAAUUGCAGUUAAACAAAAGAUACACAGAGAUAAUAAAAUCAAAAAGGAAAUUAUAUAAAGAAGUAAAAACGAAAUUUAGCCAGUAAUUUCGAAUUUGCUGCGGUAGCAACCACAGUAUACUGAGGUAGCAACGACCACGCUUUGAACGGCACCGUUUAGUAGCUAAAAAGAUUUCAACAAAAAAUAACGUGAAGCCCAGGAGAACAAGUCAUUCGGCCAAGUGUGGAGCGUUAACGAGUCAAGCAACGCCGUUAGAGAUUGAAGUGAACAAUAUUUCAGCGCGCUCAACAGCGAUUGGAUAACCUGAAACCAAAAGCAAAAAACAAAAAAAAAAAAAAACAAAUAAAGGCACACACACACAUAAGUGUGCAAAUAAUUAGCAGAUAUUAGACAAGAACACCCACUUAUUACUCACCUGAUCGCACAGCUGUGUGGCUGGAAAAGUACACAAUGGCAACAGUGAAGAAAUCAACACAUGAAAAUACUGCCGAUUAUGAUGGCGAACCCGGCUGCGACACAUUGCACGAGGUUAACGCCAUGUUCCGUCACUUCUGGGACCCUACAAAAUAUUGGACAUGUGAGGAACAAGGGCGUCCCGCUAAACUACAACGCUGUCCACAAUCGCAUCUAUAUAUGGACUCGCAAAGUAAAUGUGUCAUGUACACUGAUUGGCAUUGGACCGACCCCGCUGAACCGCCAAGCCGUCCGAGAAGCGCGAAAAGCACGUGAAGCCUCAAUGGAAUGAGUGUGAUUUGCACAGCAAAUAACCGAAACGAUAAUAGAAACGUGAUUUUAACGCGCACAAGCAGACAUGCUUGAACGCAAAACCAUACGGAUAUGUACAUGAGUAUGUAUAUACUUACAUAUAURUAUGUACGUACGUUUAUAUCUUUAAUGUGUAGUACUUAUGUUUAAUGGAGUGCGCUACCGUAAUUAAGUGCACAAUAUGUA